AACCUUCAGGCCUCACGCACGUCAAUCACCUUAAACUAGAAGAAGAGUUGCACUUGUUUUAUUUUGUUUUGUUAACAUGUGACGGAAAGUUUCAAUUCAGCGGCUGAAACCCACGAAUGUCUGAUUAUUAGUGGACAUGAUGCUAAACUCUGGAUUAGAGAGUCCUCCUUCGGCGGCACCAACGUCAGAGACCACCUUGGUGUGCCAGGGAGGAAGCAACCAGACCUACUUCUGCCAGUCGGGCCACCGCUGCUGUGAAGAUUCUCAGUGCUGCAGCUUCAUCUAUGAAGUGUGGUGGUUCUGGCUGCUGUGGGCCCUGAUCAUCAUCCUGACGUGUUUCUGUCUGUGUCAGCACUGGCGGGCCAAGCAGCGUUUCCAACUACAGCGCCGGCAGAACGAGAUCAAUCUCAUGGCCUACAGAGAGGCUCACAAUAACUCUCACCUCCCCCUCUUCCGCAGACUUCUACCCAUCUACCUCCUACCUGCCUAUGAAGAUGCAGUUAAUCACCCAGCUACCCCUCCUCCUCCUUACACCCCUCUGGAGUCAGCACCUCCCCCUGAGGAGGCCCCCGUCUUCCUGUCUGCUCCCUCUCUCCUCACUAAUGCUUAUGCAGCAUUACCGGUGACUCCAGAGGCCACACAGAUCCAAAACACCAACCAUAACACAGACUGGAUGCCGGGCAGGUACCGGCACUUCACUGGAGACUCUGGGAUAGAAGUGUGUGAUGGCCUGGAGCUGUGGGAUCAAGAGGAGUUUGAUGAAGAAGAGGAGCGAUGUGAUUGCUAUGAGACAUGACAAUACACCAUCAGUUAUGAUUGUUGAUUCCACCUGAUUGUGACAAAUCUAAUGAGACAGACUCAAAGACAAAUUAAAGUGAAUUAAUCCAAAACUUCCAAAGUUUUUAGGAACAUCCAGAUGAAUGUAUCUGUUCUUCAAAGUUAAAGGUUUUUAUUUCCUGGAUUAAUUUUACAUUAAAACUUUGUUUUGGUGAACACCAGAAAUAAAUGUAAAUAACUUCUGAUGUAAAAAUUGUUUCUUUAGACAAACUAGAAGGGCUCCUGCCAACAGACAAGGGACAGAGUUUUCGAAGCAGUUUAUUAAAUUCAUAUGCAGCUGGGUCAGGAAUCGCAUCGGUUCUGAGCUUUUAUUUUGAAGGUGUUUAGCUCAGACUACAGCCUUUUACUUUUUUAGAUUCAUUAUUAAAUGAAUGAAAAGCUGAUUUAUCACCAACUAAUGAACCCAAACCCGGGCAAAGACGUCCACACCCAGUUUUACUGCUUCUGUUAAACAAUCUGAGCUCACUGGGUUUGUAAACAUGGAAUAUAAAUGUUAGUGUUGCAUUAGUUAUCAUGGUUUACCUGAUCCAGUCUCAUUUAAAGUAACAUCUGGGUGUGAAAAGUUUUUUUUUAGAUGUUUGGUGAGGGAUGCCUGCUGGUGCUGGUGAAGUUCUGACCCACUCCAGCACCAUGUCCCACCUGUCUCUGUGCCUCCCCAGUACAAGGGACUAUCACAGUAAAGAUGCAGUUCCAUUGACUGGUUAAUGGGACUGGCUAGUGGUGGUGUAGUGGUUAGUAUUGUUACCCUGGUAUCCUGUGUCUCUCCUGGCCCGUCUGCUUUUGAAUCGGAACCAGUUCAGCAGAUUUUGUGUCCGUUUAGUUUAACCGAAUCUUAAGUCAACCUGACCCGAAGGAUGUGUGCGCACGCGCGUGCACGUGUGUGUAAACGGAGAAGGUGUCGAGUUGUUAGGAAGAUGAUUACUGAGAAUCAAGACAGGAACAAGGAUUCUUGGUGUCACUCCCUCAAAAAGAAUGUUUAAUUUUACUUUUUCAAACAGAUAAUUUUUGCAUUUUGUACAAAUUAUUCUGGUAAAAGUUCUGACAAUAAAUUAUUUUUCCUUUUUGA